AUUAGGACCCAGCGAGCUGGCAGAACCUGUGACAAGAGUCUGGAGCAGCGCUAGCGCAGAGUAGUCUCCAUCAGCUGGGCUGGAUCUGUGUACAUCCUGCGCCGAAGGACCCCCUCUCAGAAAAGGGCUUUUCCCCCUUCCUGUGGCACCCAGCGGAGCAUAGCUGGCGGGGCGUAGGAAUGACCGGAUCAGCUGAAACGUGAAAAAUCUCUGGUGAAUUCCUACUAGCCAUGAACUGAGACCGUUAUUUAAAAAUAAUAAAUCAUUAAAAUAAAGAGAGAAGCCAGCGGCGGCAUGGCCCAGAGCAAGAGACACACAUACAGCCGGGCAUCCAGCACUGGACCCAGGAUGAGUGUGGAAGCAAGUGGCAAGCCCCUGAAGGUGGGCUCCAGAGUAGAAGUCAUCGGGAAAGGGCACCGUGGAACAGUGGCUUAUGUGGGUGCCACCCUGUUUGCCACUGGAAAGUGGGUUGGUGUCAUCUUGGAUGAAGCCAAGGGCAAGAAUGAUGGGACUGUGCAGGGCAGGAAAUACUUCACCUGUGAAGAGAACCACGGCAUCUUUGUGCGGCAGUCACAGAUCCAGGUUUUUGAAGAUGGAGCUGAUACAACAUCCCCAGAAACACCAGAAUCUUCUGCCUUGAAAGUCCCGAAAAGAGAUUCCCUGGAAGCCGCCAAAGCCAGCAAACUGCGUGGAGUGAAACCUAAAAAGGUUAAAGGAGCUGCAGAUCUUCCCUUUCCUCACCCAAAUAUUGCCGGAGUGGGAAUGGCACCACGUCCCUCUGGUAACCGUCUUGUGCCGGAGAUGCCUGCUGGGACGCCGGUCGGAGCACGCGGGAGCUGCCGCCGCGGGUGGCUCGUGGCAGCGUUUCUUAGGGCAGAAGGCCUCGCGUGCCGCUGCGGCGAAGACGUGUCCGGCUGCUCCCCCGCUGCCUGCCCAGUAUGGGUGGUGGUGUUAAAACACGUUUUGGAGCCCGGAACAUGUUUACAGUCGUCUUAGGGGUGAUGGUUUCCUUUUUUAUUGCUUUCUCAUCAACUCCCAACUUCUCUUUCCCAAAUGCUACUUUUUAGACUGAAACUUCCUGACUUUUGUCUCUGGCCCUGCAAGGGGGUGAGGUUUUUUGUUGUUAAAGGACUUCCAAGAGUCUCAUAAAAAUGCAGAUUUUGGUUUCGGAAAAGCUCUCAGCUUUCAGAAACUCAGUCCAGAUUGCCAGUCCUGGAGGAGAGCAAGUGUGCAAGGUACCUUGGGCACAGUUCAUUUUCCUCAUGUAGAAGUUGUGCAGCGACCAAAAACUACCGCAGAUAAUGGCUCUUGAAGUUGGAUGUGAUCGAUCCAUGGCACGGUAAACUGUGAGGGACAUGGCUCAAGUCUCCAGGAAAUUUUAACCUGGUGAUAGCAGUGGCCUUUAAGGAUGCUCUUUCUAAGGGAUUGCAAACAUUGCACCGAGGAGCCGCUUUAUAUGUAGGUGUUUGCACAUACGCGUACUGCCUGAGGAGGCCAGGUACCAGUAUCGGCAACCCCUGGUCAGCACGAGCUCUGGUCCUUUGUACUUCCCUGGUUUUUAAGUAUUGGAAAAUAAUGGAAUCAAAAUAUAAAUUGUCAGUAUUAGAAGAUCCAUACGCACAUAUACGUGCUAUUAUAUAAUACAAAUAUACAGAAUAAAAGAUGUGUGUAUUUAAAAAAAAAUUAGUAUCUGAAUGGAUGGGGUCUCCGAUGUGUGGUGGCGUUAGGGCACUGAGAGUCGCAAGGAAGGUGGAGUUUGUGAUAAAAAUCUGACUCUAAAUUUUCCUGGUUGCUUUGCCAUUUUAAACUCCGGUUUUGGAGCGCUGGUGGAGGGUUGCCUUUCUCACCAAGGUGUAUGCAGGCAGCAAACUCGGUCCGGGAGCAAACAAGAGCCGGGGAGUUCAGGUGCAAGUCCGGCACCGUAACAAGCCCCA